AUGGAUCUCGAAAGGACAUACAUCUGUGGUUGUACUGAGGACCAGAAGGUUCUAUAUGCUGGAUACCUAUUCCAAGGAGAAGCUGGAAUAUGGUGGGAUAUGCGAAGGCAGCUUCUAGUCAGGGAACUAGGAAGUUUGGCUGCAUUGUCAUGGGAGAGAUUUAAGGAAGAGUUCGACAACAGAUUCUUCCCAUAUUCUAUCAAACAGCUGAAGGCGCAAGAGUUCGCAACUUUAACUCAAGGUAGUUUGAUCGUAGAGCAAUACGCCGCUAAGUUUAUGGCAUUAGGAAGGUUUGCACUACACUUGAUUUCUACUCAAAGGAUGCAGGCACAAAAGUUUCAAGCAGGACUUCAGCCAAGGAUCCGUAGCCAAGUAGCUUGCCUAAUAAUAGAGAAUUACCAAGAGUUGGUAAACGUGGCUGCGAUAAUAGAGACAGAGCAUAAGGAUUUGAUUGCCCUGAUCAUUUCGGAAAGAAAGAGGACUUCAUCAUACGCUGCUAAAGAAAGUUCAGAAAGGAAUAAGAUGUUUACUGGAUCAGAUAAAGGAAAAUGCAUUGAAACUAAGAGCUCAAUGCUGAUCACAUUUCCACCUUGUGGAGAGUGCAGUAAACACCAUGGAGGCAGGUGUGGCCAAUGGGAUCAUAUGAUCAAAGAUUGCCCUAGUGUUGCUUUGAGGAAUAAAAGAAAAGGGGUUUCUCUCAACAAAGGCUACAAACCAAAGCCGAGGCAGCACGUGCCGUUGAGAGUGUAUGCUGUCACUCAGGGAGACGCAAAUGCUAACGCCGAAGGAACUGAAGAAGCUGGCACCAUCAUCGGGAUUUUUUUCUAA